CCAAAGCAUUAGCAAAAUAAAAGGCUAUUUUUACAAGUAUAUUGAUUUCAAGAUGCAAAAUAAUUUAUCACAUAGCUUGUUGGUUUAAUUUUAGCAGAAUUUAUUACUACUGACAAAAUUUCUUUGACUUCUCUCUAGCUAUUUGUCUUUCCUUAAAAAUACACACCUAGACGUUAAGACUUGCAGGCAAGAGCCAGGUCUUGACAUGGAUAUCACUGUGGUGUCACCAAUGGCUUUGGUCUUUGACUAAUGUACUUCAUUCUAUUGAUGGGAUGAGCAAAUAAUGAAUAAACUGUGUUUGGGACUCUUGCAGGCAAGCAUGGGAGGACGGAAGAUGGCGAGAGAUGAAGAAAAUGUCUACAGUCUAGAAGAUGACAGCCAGUCCUUCCAGGCUCCCAAGCUGAGACUCCUCCUGGUUGGGAGGACAGGAGUGGGGAAGAGCGCCACAGGGAACACUAUCCUGGGUAGGAAGAUGUUCCUCUCCAGGCUUGGAGCCUCCGCUGUCACCAGAAUGUGCACUGUGGCCAGUGGCAGCUGGGACAGGUGGCACGUGGAUAUCAUUGACACCCCGGACAUCUUCACCUCCCAAGUCUCCAAGACAGACCCAGAGGCAGUGGAGAGAGGUCGUUGCUACCUGCUCUCUGCCCCAGGGCCCCACGCACUGCUGCUAGUGACCCAGCUGGGCCGCUACACGGCCCAAGAUCAGGAGGCCGUGAUGAAAGUGAAGGAGAUGUUUGGCGAGGCUGUGAUGGCGCGGACGGUCAUUGUCUUUACCAGGAAGGAGGACCUUGUCGGUGGGUCUCUGCAGGACUACGUGCGCUGCACGGAGAAUCAGACCCUGCGAGAGUUGGUGACCGAGUGUGGAGGCAGAGUCUGUGCCUUUGACAAUGGAGCUACCGGCAGCGAGCAAAAGGCCCAGGUGAAGCAGCUGGUGGGCCUGGUAGAGCACCUGGUGAGGGAGAAUGCGGGCAGCCACUACACCAACGAGGAGUACUGCUUUGUGCAGUCCCUGCCUUGGGCCAGCCCGGAGCAGCGUCUCCAAAUGGUGGCGGAGAAGGUGGAGGCCCGUAUGCAGAGGUCUACUGCAAAAUGGCCACUGGCCUGGCUGUGGAAGUGGCAGAAGUCGCUAGCUAGCAGGUGGAGAGUGAGGCUGGUCCUCCUGUUGGGGGGCUCUCUCCUGCUCUAUGUGGUACUCUGGAGGUGCCAGCCCGAGGUCUUGACUGAGGUCAGUCUUGAGCACUCGAGGGGACAGGCCAACCACUGACCUCAUGCACCUCUGUUCUGCACCAGGACUCACGCACUUUGC